UCAGAUAACUCUUCAAAAUCACCCCGUAUAUAAGGGACCUAACAGCUCAAGCUUAGUGAGACAGCUAAGUAGCCUCUGCAAGGCAAGAUGACAGCCUGGCUUGACUUUCCCCUGGCUCUGUCGCUCCUGGUGGUUGUCUCGAUGAAAGGAGGAAGCUUUGGACAGGGGUCUGAAGCCAACGGCAGUCCGCAGCUGACUGGCUUAUCAGAGUGUGGAGCAGACAGAAUCUUUCUCCAAGGCCAGGCAGGGAUACCAGGAAUUCCAGGUGUGCCAGGAACAAAUGGGCUGCCUGGAGCUAAGGGGGAUCUAGGCCCCCAGGGGCCCCCAGGUGAGAGAGGUUCUACUGGCAUACCUGGGAAAGCUGGGCCCAAGGGAGACAAAGGAGACCAAGGAGAGGCAUGCAGUUUGGCCAGCUGUCAGCAGCAAGAGGCAGGAGCCAAGGAUUGCAAGGAACUCCUGGAUCGUGGAGAGACACUGACUGGCUGGUAUAUGAUCUACCCCACCACAGGAAGAGGAAUGAGGGCCUACUGUGACAUGGAGACUGAUGGAGGAGGUUGGCUGGUCUUCCAGAGGCGACUGGAUGGUUCAGUGGAUUUCUACCGUGACUGGGAGGCCUACAAGAAAGGGUUUGGGAGGCAAGUGUCAGAGUUCUGGCUGGGCAAUGAUAAAAUCCAUCUUCUUACAAGCUCAGGAAUACAGCAGCUGCGUAUUGAUGUGGAGGACUUCAAUAACUCGAAAACGUUUGCUAAAUAUACCAGCUUCAAAAUCUUGAAUGAAAGUGAAAACUACAAACUAAAAAUAGGCUCCUAUAUGGAUGGCAACAUGGGUGAUUCCUUCUCAGGACACAACAACAUGGCUUUCACCACACGAGACAAAGACAAUGAUAUCUAUGAAACAGGAAACUGUGCUGUAUCUUACAAGGGAGGCUGGUGGUACGGUGCUUGUCAUUCUUCCAACCUGAAUGGCAUGUACCUGAAAGGGGAGCACACCUCUUAUGCUAAUGGCAUCAACUGGUCUACUGGGAAGGGGCACCAUUAUUCUUACAAAUACACAGACAUGAAAAUUAGGCCUCAAUAGAUGAGACAUCUCUGGGUUCAGAACCAGCCACUACAUUAAAUGCAUAACAUCUAGGUGAUCCUAAUGUUUCCUUUUACUCUAGAUUAACCAAAGGGCCCCAGUCCAGACUGAGGUCACCACUCACCGGGGUGGAGGGGGGGAGGUAUACCUUCUCACUUAGCUGCUCCCCCCACCAUCAAAUUCACACACGCAGGCUAAAUCAAUCCAAACAA